AGUAAAAUAAUCUAAGACCGUGAGUAAAAUAUAAUAUUUUAUCAUAAUUGUAUUUGUAUUGUUAAAAAAUUGUUGCGGCCCCCUCCAGAUCUUUGCUCUGGAUCCGUGCCUAAAUGAAGUUAAAUCAAGAGUAUUGGGUAUCAGAACUACCCAAACCACUUACAUUUAUUCCUAUUACACAAUUAGCAAUUCCAGAAUACAUUUAAAUGACUAGUAGGCUACUACCUGCAAUAGUCCACGAAAUAUUGGAUAAUUUAAAAAAUGAUUAUGAACAACGAUCUUGUAUUGAAGAAUUAUUAUUAAGCUUGAACUCGGUUUUUGGUUCUACAUUGACUGAACAUGCUCUAGAACUAAUUGAUGAUGGUAGUGUGUUUUUAAUAGUAAGUCAUCUAAGAAGCAUACUUCAAAUAGUUGGCUCAAGAGGUGAUAUUUAUACAAUAAUGGAAACAGCUAACUUUUGCACAUGCAAUUUUUUCAAACAUCAAGUAUUAAAAGAUAAAGCAUUGUGCUGCAAACAUUUUUUAGCUGCUAAAGUAGCAUUAAUUUUAAGAAGUUUUAAAACCAAAAAUGAAACACCUGAAGGUAUAACUUCAAUUAUGAUUUCUGCAUAUAGUAAUCAAGAAUUUUAAUGAAUAAGCAUUGUUUAUUAUGAAUAGUUUUAAAUGUAAUCAUAUAUUUUAUAUAUAUUAUAAUUAAAUUGAACAAAUAUAACACACAUUGUAUUAUAUACUAUUGAAAUAAAAUGGAAAAAUGAACGUGUAAAAACUUUGCAUCAAAUAAAUGUUGAGAUAAUUUUG